AUGUCCGCCUCCGCUCUUCUUGCCGUAUCUCUGCUCACUGUGACCAUCGACGACGAGCUGACCGUGGGCAUUCUUCCAGAUGAGGUGCCGUCAUUUCGCCCAGAUACUCCUGGAGACAACUGCGACGACCAAUAUGCUCUGCAUGAACUCUCGCUGAGUCGCGUGUCGCCAUUCCUCCUCAGCUGCCAGUGGGAUGUAGGCAGUAACGACACCAACGGCAUCGAUGCAGGGAAUGGUGCCUACUACAUAUACCGGUUUAGCGACACAGAUGGCCAGUAUUGCGGACCCGGAACCAACCAGUCACAGCCUCCCCACGGCAAUACCGACAUCCGACUCGACGAUUUCCUGUACGUCCUAUUUUGGAACACCGGCGCAUGCUCGUACACACGAGAGUGGGCGCAGCAGGACCAGGCAACAAACGCAAAUAACACGUUUCAGCACUGCCCAUCCACGUCCAGUAGCGCUGGUAUAAGUAGCACCACGGCGCUAGCCGCCACGCCCAGCACAAGCUCAUCUUCUGCCUCGUUUUCGAACUCCCAGGGCUCAGGUACUAGCCACGAGGUCGAUGUUGGCGCUAUUACGGGUGGCGCCGUGGGCGGCGUUGUAGCGCUCGUGGCGCUUGGGCUAGGCGCGUGGCUUGUACAAAGGAGGCGUAGCAGCAGAGAACGCGGGACCUUCGAAGUCGACGAGCCGUCCGAUAUAGUGACAGCUCAGGAUGCAGCUUGGCUUGAACAACACCCCGUAACCCCCUUCGCGGUGCAGAAAACAACAGACAACGAGACGCCACGUGCACACGAGAAACACGCGUUGCUACGACAUACGGACUCGGCCUCCAGCUUGGGCUCCGAGAACGGAAGCUCGAGUGCUGCGCCAAUCGCGGCAACAAGCCCGAGCAAGGCAUUGUAUAAUGCGUCUACAGUCAUGUCUGAUGAGCAUGAGCCAGCACGGGAGGAGGACGCCGGGCGCAUCGAUGGUUCUGGACUACCUCUGCCACCAGCGUACCGCAGCGAGUGGCAGUCUGAAUGA